CAAAACCAUGUAAACUAGUAUUUUUUUUAAUUAUCACCCCUGAGCAGCCUUGUGUUGUUUCAAUGAAAAAGCAAGGGUCCUUAAGAUGUAAUUUCAUUAUUGAUCUCGUUUAUUCUUUUUGUCAUAAACCUCAUGGCAAAAUGCAGAGAGGCGAUCAAGAAGGAACCGUUCCUCCUCCAAAGAUGGCGAUGACGAGCCAGGCGACCGAUACAUCCCAAAUUAUGAUAGAGACGGUUACAACCCGGCUCCGCGGUACAGUCGGCCAGACCACUACAAUAAUCGCUACGACAGUCCUGGAGCAUAUGGCGACUAUCGUGGGCCAAGGCGCCGCGAUGAUGGUUAUGGCGAUAUGGAUGGACAAGAUCCUAUGCCUUAUGGUGAGAUGCCAGGCUGGGGCAAUGCUGACAGGAUUGACGACCCAAUGAAGCUGGACCACUUGAUUUCAUUCAAACAGUACUGCGAACACCUCAGGAACCUCGACAGGGCGUCACAUCGUUAUAAGCGGUACACAGACGAGGAAUUGCAGGUGAGAUACGGGACAUAUAAGGAGGAAUUUACAACGAAGCAGUAUGCGUCGUUUUUUGACGCUCACAAGACUGAAGCGUGGUUCCAGGAAAAGUACCAUCCAGACUACUCAAAGUCCCGCACAGAGGAGGCGCGCACUCUGCGGAAGGCACGUUACGGCAAGUUCAUUGAGGAUUUGGCAGCAGGGAAAUACGAUAAUGCGACAUGCGAUGAAGCUGAGGCAAAGAAAGCUAGUGCAUCAGCAGCAGAGACCAAGAGCGACAAGUCAGAUGCGGAUGGGGCGUCGUCUGAUCAAGCAGAUAAGGAUGGCGAUGUCAAAGUGGCAGACGAGAGCGACUCGGAAUCAUGGCUGUAUCUGAGAAACGUACUUCCGAACGUUACCCGGAGCUCAAUCUUGGAGCGCUGCCAAAAGAUUGAAGGGUUUUUAAUGCUUUCAUUAUCAGAACCCCAUCCCCUGAAGGAGCUUCAGAGAAUCGGCUGGAUCAAACUCAAGUCAGGAACAGACACCCAGGAGGCCAUGAACAGCCUAAGCGAACCGGUAACAGAGGAUUUUCAGGUGGUAACGACUCCACACCGCCCGACUCGCGCCAGAUACACGCAUGAAAUCGCCAAUACCGAGGCCAGGAUUCAUGCGGACUACGAACUGGCGGUUGAGCUCGCCAAGCUUUGUGACACGAUCUUGAUAGGCUCGACAGAAGUGGAAUCAGAUGCUGUCGUCAUUGAUGGUGUGUCACUACUUCAGGCGCGACUCAAGGAUGUGAUCCUGGACUCAAAAGACGUUGCGAUGGACUGGGAGGAUGAACAGGAAGACGUUGCUCAAGCAGCUACUAGGCGCGCGAACGAGCGUCGCUCACUGGAUCUGUUCAUUGAGUACCUACGUCAAGUCCAUUUGUUCUGCUACUACUGUGGAGGCGACAGUGAUAAUGCUGAGGAAUUUUCUCGGAAAUGCAGCAAGCAUUACCGUAAUCCAGAUACCAAGUCUCCUAUCAACUCAAAGGGUGCCAUUUGGGUGAAGAACUUGGAGCAAAAGAUCAACUUGAAGCUGAAGCCCCCGACGGACGAUGAGAUUGUCAAGCUUGGCGGAAAAUCGCUCGAAAAAAGCGUUCUCAAGUUCUUACAGGGCAAGACGCAGCAGGAUGAGCCUACAAAGUGGCGCUGCAAGGUUUGCACGAAGCCAUUCCGAGGAGAGGAGUUUGUCCACAAACAUAUCCGAACUAAGCAUCCGGAUGAGAUUAAGACGAUCGAGGAUAAUAUUCUUCUUUUUAAUAGCUACAUUCUGGACCCCAAUCAUAUCAAUCCCUCAGCGCAGCAACAACAGCAGCCUCAGCCGACAGGAUUCGCAUAUGGCAUGCCGGCCCCCAUGUUUGGGGGACCACCCAUGCCGAUGAGCUUUAUGCCAGGACAUCCCAUGGGCAUACCAUUCAUGCCAGCGUUCCCGCCUGGGUUCAUGCCACCCUCAUUCCCAGCCACAGGAGCUCUCAGUGGAACGCCUAUGGAUCAGAUCCCUCGGAUUGGAUUUGAUCUUGGCAAGCGUCGUGGAUCCGGAUCGAAGGAUGAAGGCGUAGACAAGUCAAAGUCGAGCAAGGGACCCGACCUGAUUCCAACCCGUCCACCAUCGAUGAUGCUGGAUCCCAGAAGUAGGAUUUCGGAUCCCCGCAAGGUCAAGUCAUACGUAGAUCUGGAUGCACCUGCUGAAGGCGACUUGGAAUCAAAAUACAACCUGUGGUAGAAUAUGAAAAAGGAAGGAAGGGCUCAACUCGCAACUCGCAAUCACACUCUGCACAAAAUGACUGGCUAUGGUGCCAUGGACAAGUGUAAGAUGACCUUUUAUCUUCGGGUCUCGAUCUUCUCGACUGGGCAGUAGUCGAGGAUGCGGUUCUAGUGCAGGUAGCGGGCGAUCUUCCAGGCUUUGGGCACUAUAUGAAACUAGUGCUCUGGUGCCUAAAGCAGCACUUUUACAAAUUUUCCGUCGUUUG